ACGUCGCACGUCAAUGUUCUACACCGGAAGGAACGGAAAACCGAAAUUUCGAAGAUGGAACUUGUAGUUAUAGACGGCAGUAUACUCGAAGGUGGUGGGCAAACGUUGAGAAUCUCAUCAGCAUUGAGCGCCAUUCUUGGCGUGCCUAUUAGGAUCCAUAGCAUCCGUGCUGGGAGAUCAACUCCAGGACUACGACCUCAGCACUUAACUGGCCUCAACCUUAUCAAAGACUUGACAAAUGGAUCUCUGGAGGGUGGUAACAUUGGUUCGACAGAAAUCACAUUCAGACCAGGCCAAAUCAGUGGUGGUGAGUUUUCGGUUGAUACCAAAACAGCAGGGAGUAUAACAUUGAUAACCCAAGCUGUUCUACCAUGCCUACUUUUUGGUGGUAAAAAAAGUGUAAUCAAAAUGAAAGGGGGAACAAAUGUUGAAAUGUCUCCACCAUUAGAUUACUUGACCGAUGUUUUCUCUUCUGUUGCUAAAAGAUUUGGCAUCAGUUUCUCCUGCAAACUCAUUAAAAGAGGUUUUUAUCCUAAAGGAUGUGGAGAAGUUGAUUUGGCAGUUGAACCAGUUAAAAAGCUAUCCUGUGUCACCUUGGACCAACCUCAAAUUCUCAAGUGUGUAAAUGGUGUAUCCUUUGUCGCUGGCACCAUACCGAUCCGAGUUGCCAACGAUAUGGCACAUUCUGCCAUCUUGAAAAUUCACGAGACUCUUAGAGAUAUUCCGGUUAAUAUCCAUCAAUUUAAAGAGAAUAAAGCUUUCGGCAAUGGGGCUGCAAUAAUACUUUCAUGUGAAACUACCGAUGGAAUGUUGCUUGGUGGGUCAGGAUUAGGUAAGCCACGACAUCCUGCAAAUCGAGUUGGACAAGAGGCAGCUGACGAGCUUAUCGAGUCAUGUUUUCGUAAAGUCUCCUUAGAUCACUACGCCCAAGAUCAGGUGAUUAUAUUCAUGGCCUUGGCUGAGGGUAUUUCAAAAGUUUUGGUGGGGCCCCCUACGCUACACACGCGGACCGCCAUGCAUGUAACAUCGCAACUCACGGGAGUAAAAUUCGACAUUAUUGAUCUGAAGACGCAGCCUGAAACGUACAUUAUCGAGUGUAAAGGUAUGGGAUUUAUUAAUACUCGUCUGUGAUUGAAUUUGAACUGAAAAUGUACAGCCUUGUUGUUGA